UCUCACGGAAGGGACAGGAAGGGGGCGGAGCGUAGAAGCCUUUUCCCGUCCCUCCCUGGUUGCGCGUGCGCACUAUGCAGUUCCGCAGAGCGCAGAGACACGCGCUGAAGCUACUCGCGUACUGCGCGUGAAGAAAGGCAGAACCUUCACGCUGAUUGGCGGCGACGCGGGAGGCUGUCGCGGCGGCCCGGACGCAGGGGGCGGGCGGGAACGUGAAGCUCCGCGGUGCCUGAUGGGGCCGUUGGGCGGCUGGUAGCUGUUGCUGUUGGGGGACCCCUUCAUUCCUACCGCCGCCGUCCCUGCUGCCUCAUGGCGGCCAUCGGAGUUCACCUGGGCUGCACCUCAGCCUGUGUGGCCGUCUAUAAGGAUGGCCGGGCUGGUGUGGUUGCAAAUGAUGCUGGUGACCGAGUUACUCCAGCUGUUGUUGCUUACUCAGAAAAUGAAGAGAUUGUUGGAUUGGCAGCAAAACAAAGUAGAAUAAGAAAUAUUUCAAAUACAGUAAUGAAAGUAAAGCAGAUCCUGGGCAGAAGCUCCAGUGAUCCGCAAGCUCAGAAAUACAUCACGGAAAGUAAAUGUUUAGUCAUUGAAAAAAAUGGGAAAUUACGAUAUGAAAUAGAUACUGGAGAAGAAACAAGAUUUGUUAACCCAGAAGAUGUUGUCAGACUGAUAUUUAGUAAAAUGAAAGAAACGGCACAUUCUGUAUUGGGCUCAGAUGCAAAUGAUGUAGUUAUUACUGUCCCAUUUGAUUUCGGAGAAAAGCAGAAAAAUGCUCUUGGCAAUAUUUUGGUGUUUAAGCUUGGAGGAACAUCCUUAUCUCUCAGCGUCAUGGAAGUUAACAGUGGAAUAUAUCGGGUUCUUUCAACAAACACUGAUGAUAACAUCGGUGGUGCACAUUUCACAGAAACCUUAGCACAGUAUCUAGCUUCUGAGUUCCAGAGAUCCUUCAAACACGAUGUGAAAGGAAAUGCGCGAGCCAUGAUGAAAUUGAUGAACAGUGCUGAAGUAGCGAAACAUUCUUUGUCAACCUUGGGAAGUGCCAACUGUUUUCUUGACUCAUUAUAUGAAGGUCAAGAUUUUGAUUGCAAUGUGUCCAGAGCAAGAUUUGAACUUCUUUGUUCUCCACUUUUUAAUAAGUGUAUAGAAGCAAUCAGAGGACUCUUAGAUCAAAGUGGAUUUACAGCAGAUGAUAUCAACAAGGUUGUCCUUUGCGGAGGGUCUUCUCGAAUCCCAAAGCUACAGCAACUGAUUAAAGAUCUUUUCCCAGCUGUUGAGCUUCUCAAUUCUAUCCCUCCUGAUGAAGUGAUCCCUAUUGGUGCAGCUAUAGAAGCAGGAAUUCUUAUUGGGAAAGAAAACCUGUUGGUGGAAGACUCUCUUAUGAUAGAGUGUUCAGCCAGAGAUAUUUUAGUUAAGGGUGUGGACGAAUCAGGAGCCAGUAGAUUCACAGUGCUGUUUCCAUCAGGGACUCCUUUGCCAGCUCGAAGACAACACACAUUGCAAGCUCCUGGAAGCAUAUCUUCAGUGUGCCUUGAACUCUAUGAGUCUGACGGGAAGAACUCUGCCAAAGAGGAAACCAAGUUUGCACAGGUUGUACUCCAGGAUUUAGAUAAAAAAGAAAAUGGAUUACGUGAUAUAUUAGCUGUUCUUACUAUGAAAAGGGAUGGAUCUUUACAUGUGACAUGCACAGAUCAAGAAACUGGAAAAUGUGAAGCAAUCUCUAUUGAGGUAGCAUCUUAGUGUUCUAGAGAAAUCAAGAAUUUUUAUAAACAAGAAUAUCAACAUUUGGUUUUGCAUAUAAGUGGCGUUUGUAUUAAAAUACUUUUUCAAUGAACUGUAUAAACUAUGUUUUAUUAAACUACAAUAUAUCAGUAA